AAAGCGGUCCUGCACUUCCCCUCCUCCCCGUCAUUGCUCCCCAAAGAGGAGAAAGGAGGCUGGCCCGUUGACUUUAUGGGCUGGAAGCUCUGAUUCGGCUCACAGUGGCACACGGUGGUGGAGGAGCAGAGGCUGGAUGUCAGCGGACCCCAGAGAAAUACUGUAAUAAUCCCUGAAUGUGAUCAACGUAUAAAAUCAUCUGCAGGAUAAUCUGACGCACAGAGGGAGGCAACACUGUUCCACCUACUCUGGGAAUUUGGAAUUAUUUUCAAAGGUCUAUUCAAAAGUAGACCACUAUCAUGCCUGCACAGAAACUUGGAAUAGGUGUCCCAAGCAAAGAUGCAGUCCUGUUGUUCCUUCCUACUAUUACUAUGCGUGGCCCAGCUGCUCUCCCCGUCCGCUGCCCUGCCGUUUGAGCAGAAAGGCUUCUGGGAUUUUGCCUUGGACAGUCUGGACAUUGACAUGAAGGCCAUGAUGAAGGAUGAGGAAGAAGGAUCAGCCAUUGAAGAGUUGCCCCCUCCGGACAUGCCCAUGUGCCCCUUCGGCUGCCAGUGUCGACUCAAAGUGGUCCAGUGCUCUGACCUCGGUCUGAGUGAGGUGCCAAGUAACAUUCCUCCUGACACCAGGUUCCUGGAUCUUCAGAACAACCAUAUCACAGAGCUGAGAGAGAAUGACUUCAAGGGCCUCACAGAUUUAUACGGAUUAUCUCUGAGGAACAACUACAUCUCCAAGGUCCAUCCCAGGGCAUUCAUCCCUCUCCAGAGCAUGCAGAAGCUCUACUUCUCCAAGAAUCUGCUGACCAGCAUCCCCAAGAACUUGCCUGCCUCCUUGGUUGAGAUCAGGAUCCACGAGAAUCUCAUCAGGAAGGUGCAGGCUGGUGCCUUCGCAGGACUGGGCAACAUGAACUGCAUAGAGAUGGGAGCAAACCCCAUCCAGAACAGUGGAUUUGAGCCUGGUGCCUUCAAGGGUCUGAAACUGAACUUUUUGCGCAUCUCAGACAGCAGACUGACUGGCGUGCCCAAAGAUCUCCCUGAUAGUCUCCAUGAGCUUCACCUUGACCACAAUGAGAUCCAGGCUGUGGAAUUGGAGGACCUGAAACGCUACAAGAACCUGUUCAGGUUGGGCCUUAGUUUCAAUCACAUCCGUAACAUUGAGAAUGGAAGUCUUGCCUUUGUACCGAGGCUGAGAGAGCUGCACCUGGACAACAAUCGUCUCUCCAUUGUUCCCAAAGGUCUCCCGGAUAUGAAAUACUUACAGGUGGUGUACCUCCACAACAACUACAUCGGCAAGGUGGAUUUGAAUGCCUUCUGUCCUAAAGGAGCAGGAAUGAAGAGAGCUUUCUAUCAUGGCAUCAGUCUCUUCUCCAACCCCGUCAACUACUGGGAGGUGCAGCCCGCAACAUUCCGCUGCGUCAGCGACCGACUGGCCGUUCAGUUCGGAAACUACAAAAAGUAGAAAGGGGUUUGUUCGGGGAUGCAGAGUAUGAAGGGCAAGUGAUGGAGAAAUGAAGAAAACCAUUUAAAUUAAUAAACUUUCAAAAUAUUUGAGAAGAUUGGAAAUUUCUUUAAUGGUAGUGUUUCUUUGAGGGGAGGGAAGCGGAUAAAAUAGACCGACCACCAGCGUAAAACUUCAAAGUUUUAUUUUCUAAAUUCAGUUUCAGUUGAGAGGGAAGAAUGUUUGUCCCAAGCCAUAAUAUAUAUAUAAAAAAGAGAAAAAUCCCCCAUUGCACAAUGACGCAGUUUAAUUAAAAAACAAAACAAAAAACGAUUAACCAUGGAGGGGAACCCCCCGAGACCCCCCUGCCCAAAAAGCCCCACGUUAUAGAUCUUGAAAUCUAGAGACAUUUGCUUUUUAGGACUUUGAGUGUUGUACAUUGGGAGAGUUGCUCAGGUCUUGUCUUUAAAUUUAGCAACAUCUAGUGUUUCUCACCAUUGCAAGAAACAAAGACUUUUUGAACAGAAAUGUAGAUACUAAUUCAAGUUCGGUUAAGUGUUUUCUUUCGACUUGGGGUUCGCUUGACCGAGCGGCCUCUUCUCACCAGUAAACAUGUUUUACAUUUACCUAACUGAACCUCCAGCUUUUCUGUGUCAAGGGACUCUCUUGUGCCUUUUAUCUCUAGUCCGCUGUCUGUAAGCAGUCCUUAAGGGGGACCCAAGUCGUAGCAUUGUGCCCCAUUUUAAGUGACAACACGCACCGGCUUUGCUGACUGACUCUAAAAAAAUGAUCGUGUACACAUAGUGCUGCAAACUAAAGUAGUGUUGAUGCAUUGUUUUGCACAGUUUCUGCUCACUUUAUCUCCGCUUGGUAACGCAAAAGCGCUUUAACCACACACAUGUUGUCCUGUCUCCACUCUGUAACCUGACAAGCUACUGCUGCAUGUGAAUAAAGACAUUUCGAAAUGCUGCAUUAAGCCCGAGAGCAAACGCUGGGUCCAAUAUCAUAUUGCAGAAAUAUUAAACAAGGCAAACGUUUAUUAGAAUGAAGCAAACACAUUCUACUAUUAUCAUCAUCGUAUAACUCUUAUCAUUUUAAUUGUUCGAUGUCACUGGGUCCUUAUUGGAAUUGACACGUACUGGCUUGAACGCAUGAAUCUGUCGUCAAUUGAAAUAUCCAUAUCUUAUGUUUAAUGGUGCUACAUGUACAUUCCCCCCCAGUGUAAACCUUCACAGAUUAUUACCAACACAACAGAAUGCAAAUAAAUUAUGUCAAAGAUG